UGUGAAUGAUAAGAUGGCCGGACGAAUCUGGUGCAAUGGGUAACGGUCGUUUGUUCUUAAAGGGGCGCGUGACAGAUAAGGUCGACAGUGGAGAGCGAGAGUUGCGCCUGAUAAGCGGACAGAGAAGGCAAGCUGAUUCGCACGAAAUUGUUAAGUCAUCUUGAGCGGUGCACAGUGCGCGAGUUCCCCUAGGUACUGACUGCAUCAAUACUCAUACUGCGAUCGGCCGGCCCGGGUGGUUCGAAAACGUGACACGGGAAUUUACUUUGUCAGGGAAUUUACAGAAAUAGUGGAAACGUGUUAGUCGCGCGCCCUCCGAACGGGCCCAUAUGGUGGACGCGCCUGUACACGAGAAAAAAAGGCCGCCGCAUCCAUCGGAUCCAACUGGGGCCGUGUUUGGCAGUAGAAAAGCCCGGCCACCGCUUCUGCUCAGCAGCAGUGUGUUAGAACUGGUAACCGGAGAACCCGCUGUGAACGAUUCGGUCCCCAGGAACGAUGCCUUGGAAGCGCCCCGCCGAUGUGCCGUAUCCGAAUAUUUGGUGGACAUUCGAGGCACCGGAUCCAGAUCGUGAGGAUGGCGGCUUGGUGACGUACCGGGUGGAGGAUCUAACCGAGGAUCGCUACGAAGACGCCAUCAAGCUGUACACGGAGCAUUUCGUCGACGAUGAACCCCUCUGUGCGUACGCCCGUCUCCGCCACGAUCCGGUGUCGUACGAAGAGAUCGUCGGCUUCUGGAGACACUGCUUCCAAGAACGUUUGACUAUCGUGUGUUCCAAGGAAGGCUCGAAGGAGUUAGCGGGGGCCAAUCUCCUAUCCGUUUCCGUAGCUGGCGAGAAGCUAGACUUCCGCAGUCUGAUACAAUCGGAAGGGACGAAUAAACUAAUAGAUAUCAACGAGUACAUGACCAACACGGUCAACCUCUACGAAAAAUAUGGUGUCGACAAAUACCUGACCGCGUACGGUCUCAGCGUCAACAGUCGGUACCGUGGCCGCGGAAUUGCCACCGAACUUCUGAAGGCCCGGGUCCCAAUCUGCCGCGCCUAUGGGCUGCGGUUAACCAGUACAAAUUUCACUGCCAUAGGGUCACAGAUACCGGCGGCAAAGGUUGGCUUCAAAACGGAUCUUGAAAUGCAGUGCAACGAAUUUGUGAAAAUCAACCCAGCGUACACACUGGACGGAAUCAAGAGCAAAAGUUUAAAGCAGAUGAGCAUGGUGAUAGACCUAGACUAGGCUCGAAGUGUCCCGGACACAGCUCGAUUCGUUUACCAUUGAAAUAAAUGGCAGUUUUUGUUUCUAAGAUUA